AACACGGAUCCGCGGGAGAAGAGCUCGCGACGCGUAGGGACGAGAGAGAGCCUCUAGCCAGGAGGAGGAUGAACAUCUGCCAAGGACAGCCUCCACCGCUGUCGCAAGACGGUCGGGGGCACGCGGUCGUCGUCUGGGAAUGGGAGAAUCGCCAGGGCAGAUGGCGGCCGUAUAGUCCCGCGGUCUCCCAGCAUCUCGAGCGGGCCCACUGCAAGAAGUUGACCAGGGUGUUCCUGAACGAUGCCGACCCGAGUCUCGACAGCUAUUUUUGCACUAGAUAUUACAUCAACCUCAAAACUAAGACUCAAUGCACCGAAGAUGGAGAUGAAACGCACGGUGUCAGACGAACGUUUUAUUUACCUGGAUCUCCGGCUGGAAAGGGUGCCAAAUGGGAAUGGGCUGGCGAUACCGAUGACUGGCACACCUACGAUAUGGAGGUCCAAUGUCUAAUUGAAGAUGCUUGGGCAAGGGGUGAAAAGACAAUUGAUGUUUCAAAAACUUAUCUGGGUUUUCCAUAUAUCAUCAAUUUUUGCAAUUUGACACAAGUUCGUUGUUGCACCGGUUAUGUUAGACCUAUCAGACGCAUUCAACAAGCACCGUAUCCUUUAGUUAAAGUUACAUUGGAAGAAUUGCAAACCAAUACAGGGAGAAGAACUACCUCUACGGCAGUAAAAACUGUUAGUACAAAAGCAAUGCAUAAAAAACCACCAAGUAAUAAUCCAAAGAAAAGUAAUAAAAAGAAUAAAAAUGGAGAAACUGGGACAUCGAAUAUAGCUCGUGUCAUACUGAGUAAUUUUAAUAUAUUCAGUAAUAAGCAUGCAAUAGAUAAUCAUAGUUCUCACGAAACGAUUGAAGCCACACAAAAGAGAAGAACAUGGGACACGGUUUUGGAUGCAGACUCCAGCAGUACAAAAAGCGGUAGAAGGCCGAGUAUCGACACCGUUUCAACGUAUUUAAGUCAUGAGAAUCCAAUAGAUUUACUAGAUAGCAGUAUGAGUAGCGAUGAUGCUUUCAAAGACUCCAUUGUUGGUGUUGAAGGUGCUUCGGAUGUAAUAUCACAUUAUGUUAAGGUAGUGGAGAGUGACGGCACAGACUCUUGCCCUGUUUGCUUGGGAACUCCCGAACCACUGACCGUUGAGUUAACUCGCUGUCGGCACAGAUUGCACUUGGCCUGUCUAAAUGCAAUGCUGAGCUCCCAAGGUCAUCCUAUGUAUAUACAAUGUCCAGUUUGUCGUAUGAUUUAUGGAGAAAAACGAGGUAAUCAGCCACCGGGCUCAAUGAAUUGGACAAGACUACCGAGAAGCUUACCUGGAUUUCCAAACACAAAAACAAUUCAGAUCACAUACGACAUCCCAUCGGGAAUUCAAGGACCCGAACAUCCUCAUCCUGGACAAACCUACUAUGCGGUUGGCUUUCCACGAGUCUGUUAUCUUCCGGACAACGAAUUCGGCCGACGCAUUUUAAGAUUGCUGCAGAUGGCCUUUGAACGAAGACUGAUUUUCACGAUCGGACGUUCGGUAACCACGGGUCGGGAAGACGUCGUCACCUGGAAUGGCAUUCAUCACAAGACCGAAUUGGGUCCAUCUACUUCCGGCCACGGUUAUCCGGAUGUCAUGUAUCUUGAACGUACGCUGGCCGAACUAGCGGCUCAAGGAGUAUCCGAUGGAUAUUCAUCCACUGCCUUAUACCAGGAAUUGCAAUAAUGUACCGUCAACUAGAGCAUCUUAUUGAAUACAAUUUUCCCUUUUCUAAUACAUGACAGGUGAUUAAAAUAGGUGAUUAGGUAAAAAAGGUACAUGAUGCGUUAGAUGUUGUUUAUGUUGGAUCGAAAGUUGAAAAGAGAUUCCUGGUAUUAUUAGAUUCUGUUAAACUGGUGAAACGUUUAUCGAGAUUAACUAAAGCCAUUAAAGUAACGAGUUUUUAAAAUUCUUUAACUUUUCUAAAAAUGGAAAUAAUAAUAAGAUGAUCUAAUAUUAAAAGGA